AUGGACCCCCAGGCAGUUUUGGCUACACCUUCAUCCGCUGGUACCGGCGGGGCCACGGCCAGCGCCACCACUGCCUCGCCCAGCAGUGUCCCUCCCAGCCUGCUCCAUGUCUCCACGGCCAGCAGCAUCUUCGGUGCCCGAGCUCCGCCGCCUCGAGAGAACGUCCUGGGCAUCAGCUUCAAACCCUACAGCCCCGAGUCCGGCCCGGCCCCGAGCCCCUGCUCGGCCUGUGACAGCACACGAUCCUCCAUGUUCAGAGCUCCCUGCAUGAGCCAGCGGCGGCUCGCGCUCAUCUUCUGCGUCUCCGUGCUCAUCGUGCUGCUCGUGGCCCUCAUCCUGCUGUUCAUGUUCUGGAGGUCGCAGACGGGCAUCCUGUACAAGGAGCCAGCAGAGAGCUGCAAGGACAGCGCCGUGCGCUGCGACGGCGUCGUCGACUGCUCCCAGAGGAGCGACGAGCUGGGCUGUGUGCGUUUCUCAUCCGAGGAGUCCUUGCUCCACGUCUACUCCAGCACCGAGAGCCAGUGGCUGCCGGUGUGCAGCAGCGACUGGGACGAGUCCCUCUCCAGGAAAACCUGCCGGCAGCUGGGGUUUCAGAAUGCGUCCCAGACCGAGUUCAUCCCCCUGCGUGUCUCUGGCAAGAGCCUCACGGUGACUGAUGAGCGAGAGACCAUCCAGCAGAGCCUCAACAGCUCCCAGUGUCUCACGGGGAAGUACGUCUCCCUGCGAUGCACAACCUGCGGGCAGAGGAUUUCUGGCCGGAUCAUCGGUGGGAAGGAGACCUCUGUGAACAAAUGGCCCUGGCAGGUCAGCGUGCAGUACGGGCCCAUCCACAUCUGCGGAGGCACCAUCAUCGACGCCCAGUGGGUGCUCACCGCUGCCCACUGCUUCUUCAUGAACAGCAUGAAGAUCCUGGACGACUGGAAGGUGUACGGAGGGGUGUCGGACCUGAAGCAGCCCAUGGAGGGCAUCCCUGUGUCCCAGGUCAUCAUCAACUCCAACUACAGCGACGACCACGACGACUACGACAUCGCCCUCAUGAAGCUCUCCAGGCCACUGACGCUCUCAGCCCAGGUCCGCCCCGCCUGCCUGCCCAUGUACGGCCAGCGCUUCCAGACCGGCCGGUCCUGCUUCAUCACCGGCUUCGGCAAAACCCGGGAGAAUGAAGAUAACACGUCCCCGAAGCUGCGGGAGGCCGAGGUGAAGCUGAUCGACUACAAGAUCUGCAACAGCGACAAGGUGUACGAGGGCUACCUGACCCCCCGCAUGAUGUGCGCCGGGUACCUGCAGGGAGGCAAGGACGCCUGCCAGGGUGACAGCGGAGGGCCCCUGGUGUGCGAGGACGAUGGCCGCUGGUAUGUGGCCGGGGUGACGAGCUGGGGGACAGGAUGUGGCCAGAAGAACAAGCCCGGGGUGUACACACGUGUGACAAAGCUCCUCAGCUGGAUAUACAGCAAAAUGGAGAGCGAGAACGACUAAGGGCAGGAUGGACACUGUGCCUCUCCGGCUGGCACGGGCCACUGCCCCAGGCUGCUGCCAGGACACGGUGCCACCAGCCAAUCCCCACCUCUCUGGACUGUCCGUGCAGCCGGGGACCUGCGGCUGAACUCUGGACCCAGCACCUGCAAAGUGCCCCUGCCCUCGCCUGGUGCCAGGGGUGGCACGGUGGUGGCUGGGCACAGCACCCAGCCAGGCCCGGGGGGACACAGCGACACAGCCCAUGCCGGCAGCUGGCCGUGCUGGCUGGGGACACCUCCCUGCCCCGUGUGUGCGGCUCUCCUGUAAAUAGACCUGUCUGGACAGGCUGUGCGAGUGCUUCCUGGGCGAGGGGCUGCCAGCAGUGCCCGUGGAGAGGGAGCUCUCUCCUUUAGCCAGGCUGUGCCACCUUAGGGCGCAGGAUGUGGCAGCUUUGUCCACCCUGCCACACCUGCGGGCUCCGCCGGCGGCUCUGCUGCCAAGGGGAGCCCCGAGCUGCGGAUAUUCCUCCCGCCGGGAGGGGCGGCCGCUGCUCUUGUGUUUGCCGAGGGAUUUAGGAAGCGCCUUUUACGGGCUGUCCCUGCCUGCCAGAGAAAUGCCGGGUUGUUUGUUUUUCCAACAAACUCUGAGCCGGCGCUCCCUCGCAGGACCGCAGCCGCUCUCAGUCCGCUCCGGGCAGGGUUUGGCAGAGCCUGGGGCGGUCUGAGCCCUGGGGGUGGCUCUGGGAGCUGUGACAGAAGCAGCGGCUGCCAAAGGCCACGCUGGAGUGUGGCUCAGAGCAAUCACCCUCGGGGGCAGUGCCCAGAGGGAGCAGCCCUGGAUCUCCCUGCCGGGAGCUCUGCGGUGCCCCAGCGCUGCCUCCUGCCUGCAGGGAUGGCACAGCCAGCCUGUCCGCCCUGCCCGCACCCAGCAGGGACAUUUCCCUCGAGACAACGAGUGCCUUCACCUCCUGGUGGAUGCCGGGGCACACAAGGAGAUCCCCAGGCUGAGCAGAGCCUGCCUGCUCCCCUCCCCAGCCCUG